AUGGAUGUAGAUGACAAUGGCGCAAAAUUUUUUGGUAUGAAUAAAUAUGAGAAUUACGUACAUCAAAAAAAAUCCAAAGAAAAUAAAAACGGCAUUUCAACAAACACCAAGGGGAAGGACAUAAAUCGCGCCACUGGACAAUACGAUAAGAUUGAUGCACACGAGGACAAUGAACAGUCGUACGAAGGAUAUGUCACCAUCUCAGACCAGUCUUCAUGUGUGAGCUCCAUUUACAGAAACGAUUUUUAUGAUGACGACGAUGAGCAGGACAGAGAGGUGGACGAAAAUGGCAGCCGUGCCGAUGAGGAUGAAAAGUUUAACUCCGUCAAUGUGACCAACCAAUCGAGCUCACCCUAUCAUAGCAAAAGUAAUGUUAAAAACAAUUCUGAUGACUCCAUGUCAGAUGAGGAAUAUGCAACUUAUAUAGAUCAAAAGGAAAAGUAUGUAAAUAAAAUUCUCAACAGAGGAGACAGCAAUAGUUACGAAGACAAUGAUGAUUUCUUCGAAUCCCUCGAAAAGUCAGGAAAAAAGUUGGGGAAUAAAAGCAACUGGAAGAGGCUAUUUUCCUUUAACAGGAAUGGCCACGCAGCAGAUAGUGACGACAGGAAUAAACACUCCGAGCCUAGUGAACCUGCAGAGAAGGCAGCGCGCUACGGGGAAGCGGACAGUGAUCAACCGAAAAGUGCCAACUGCGCCAAUGAGAGUUCGCCACAGGGAAAGGGUAGCCCGGGCGAUCCUCCAGAUGGGCGCAGUGAUAAGCAAGAGGGUGACACGUCAGAUGUCACGCGCAAGGAAGACGAAUACACAGACGGCAAAGAUAGUCAAGAUGAUCAAGACGACGAAGACGACCUGUACUCCGUCAUAAGCGGCUCCGAGGGGGAUAACGAUAUUUUCCUCGCCACGAAGAGAAACAAUAAAACGUGCAUGGCAGCCCCGAAAGGGGACAGCGCGAAGAAGGAUGGACAAACAACAAUCGAUCAGCGGCAGCAAAAAGAAAUCCAUGAUAAGGAGGAAAACAAAAAAGCUGUCGGCUCUCCACGCGCAAGCGCAACUAGGAGGAUUAAAUUCGAGGACGAAAUAGUGCAAAAUGAUGAAGCGGUUAAAACGACAACAAAGGAUAAAAAGGAAAGGCUGGAUAAGAAGAAGGAACAAAUGGGUGCCUCCCCCGGCCAGAUGAACAUAAGUCCGAACGAACAGGACACCAAAAAGAGACACAGGGAAAAGAAAAAACAUUUUCAAAAUAAAAAAAAUUACGCAUUUAAAAAACUUGUGUCUUCCACUAUUAAUAUGUGCCGUCCAAGAAUUAAAAGCGCAAAUGGUACGGAGGAUAUUCUAAGCAAUAUGGAAAAAAUUUCGAAAAUGGUCAUACUUGAUGAUGAAAAAAUGGGGAGCGGAACGAAUGAGAUGGAGGAACAAGAGGAAGAUGAAAGCACCAACAGUCUCUACGACGAUGUAGAUAACAUCCUGGACGAUCGGAAAAAAAUGUACAUGAAAAAAAAAAAUGAAUAUCUUAUGAACAAGACUAAAAGUGAAGGCUUAAUGAACACUGCGGAGAAUGAAAGCGGGCAGCAACAGAGCAGCAGGGGAAACUUAAACGAUGUGCAAAAAAGCAGCGCUGGUAGGAGCACCGCUGCCGACGCCAAAGAUGCAGAAGGAGAACGAACCGAUUUUAUGUACUACCUAAAUCACAACAUGAUAGAAUUAAAUGAAAAUGUUUUCAAAUUAUACCAUGGGACCUGUGAUUACACACAUCGAAAUUUGUGCGCAAAGAACAUCAUCAACAUCGUGCCCCACCUGAACAACAUAUAUGAGCGUACCAAUUUAAGCUACAUAAAGGACUCGCCAAAUUUCCACGAAGUGUACAAGGUUGUUCCAGAGUGGAAAAAUUCCUUCGAGAUGCUAAACAAGAAAGCGCAAGAGGACACAGAAGAUAUGAAAAAUGUGCUCAGGAGGAUUGAGAAUAUUCAAAAUGACUUGGAUGAAUUGGGAAGAGAUCUCACAGAAGAUAAAAAAGAAUUCGAAAAUAUAAAAUUCGAAACGGUGCAGCAUGAAUCCAUGAUAACAAAUUUGGAGAAAAAAAAUAAAAUGCUUAUUAAGGGAGUAUUGAAAUUGGAUAAUAUGUCCUUUAAAUUAAAAAAGGUACAUAAUAUAACUACGAACAAUAUGAAUAAUUUUACCAUUGCAGAAAAUGUAAACAGGUUACUAAAAUAUAUGGAUAGUUCUCUUACCGAUUAUUCACAACUCUUUUCAGAGGAAAAAACUAUGGACAUUCUACGAUUCCAGCCGAUUGAUCAUGUUUAUAAUUCUCUCACCAACACAGAUGAUGAAUCAUGCUUCAUCAUGAAUCUCCUGAGAGAGGAAUUGAAAGAAAUGAUACUAGAGAAGAAGGACCAAAUGCAAAAUAUCAUAAGAAGGACCAUGCUGUACAAUGCAUACAACACAAAUAGCUACAAGGAGCAAAUCACCAACACACUAAAUAAACAGAGCCAAAUGAUAAAUCGUAUAAAAUGCAACAUACACAGCAAUGUACUUCUACUCUUUGAAAUGUAUGAAAAAUUUGCAAAGAAAAAUAUGAAGGUUGUAAAAAUUGCGGAAAAUCAUAUAAAGAAUUACCUAAAUGAAGAAACGAAAGCGUCCUACAUAAUAAAAUCUGUUAACGAUGACAAAAAAAAAAUCUCCAAAUAUUUUAACUCUAUUAAUUUUACACGAAACAAACCAAUUAUUCAUCCUUUCUUUAUUCACUUUUGUUUAAGUGACAAUUUUGUUCAUCAUUUUAUUACCUUUGUUCUAGAUCCUUUAUCACACGAACACCAAAAAAUUUUCCUGCAGUAUUGUUCUGUGGCUGGUUUCAAUUCUCCAUUAUUUGUUGAAAAAAUUGUCAAACUGUACAGACAAGAAGAGCUAUUCACCAAGAGUGACACUUCGUAUGAUUUUAGGUCAGCUUACUCCAGAAUUAUCCUCCCCGAUUUCUCAGACGCUUGUAAUAAUUCAUACCCUAAUCCGCAGUAUGAACGUUGGAAUGAAGAAAAUCAGUACUUGUUAGCUUUGAAAACUGCAUCAGAUUGCUGUUUUAAAUCUCUUCUAGAGAACAACCAAUUUGAUCACCUCUCUGCCGUGGACUCCAAUAAUGCAUUCAAUUUGUUUCACUACAUCCCCGAGUCCAUAACCAACAUGAGCAGCGGUGCGGCUGUUCCCAGUCACUCAAGUUAUUCUCCCCUUCAUACUAACAACAACUUUAGUUUUAACACUAGCAAUAAUGGACCCGUCUCCUCCUUUGGAAUGGCAAACUUUGGUGCUACCAACAAAUUCGGCACCUCUCCCUCAUUUGGUAACAACAGCAUGAUGAUGAAUAAUAGUUCCACGCUCAGUAACAAUACCAGCGGGAUGUUUGCUCAGAGUAGCGGAAGUCUAUUUCCAAGUGGUACUUCUUCCUCAGGUGGGAUGUUCGGAAGUUUCAAUGCCACCCGCACCACGAGUGGCAUGAACCAGGCAAGUGCCUCUACAAACCAGUUUGGCAGCCUCUCCAACCAGUUUGGUAUCCAGCCCAGCACAACCCCGAGCAACACAUUUGGAACGAACAUGAUGAGCGCCCCCUCAAGCGGAGGAGCGAGCAACAUGUUUAACCAGAACAGCUCCAGUUCUCUGAGCGGAUUUAACCAAAACAGAACCAACUGUUUUGUUGGGGGCACCUCUGGAGGAAUGUUCGGAAGUGCUAACGCUGCAGCGGCCACCGCUGGUAGCGCCACCCAGCUAGGAAGCACCUCCAACGUGUUUGGGGGCACUCAGAACAGUUCGACCUCCAUGUUUGGAAGUAACUUCAAACAGAAUGUAUCAAGCAAUAUGUUUGGCAAUAAUACAGCCGGUAAUCAGGCCGGCGGUAUGGCUAGUAGUAACCUGUUUGGAACAAGCGGAAGCGCCAACAGGGGAAAUUUCUUCAACAGCAGCGGUGGUAGCGGCGCGCUGGGAAUGUCGACAAAUACGAUGGGUGCAAACACCAUGGGCGCCAACGCGGGACUGUUUAACCAGGGCAACAACGCCAGCACCAAGUCCAGCCUUUUCGGUGGCCUCUCCUCAAGUAACGCAAAUAUGUCAAACGCGCAAUUCGGGAAAAGUGGGCAAAUGGGCUCAAGUAACUUAUUCCAAAGUGGCUCUAGCACAGCGGGCGGCAUGGGCAUGAGCAGCCUAAGUAACAACAGCGGCAACAUGUUCCUUGCGCUUAACAAUCAGUCCAACACGAAUAUGUUCGCAAGUAACAAUAAUAGUGGCAGCACCCCCUUUGGAAAAAACUUCCCCAGUGGAGGUAGCUCUAAUUUGAAAGAUAGCAUGUUCUCAUCGUCUCAAUCAACCAGCAGGAAUCAAAUGACGAGUAUUAAUUUCUUUUCUGCAAAUAAGGACAUGAUGGGUACGGCGACGAGUAAUAACAAUUUUUUUGCGAACACCUCUACAGGUGUAAACACUGGCGCGUCUGCAUUUGGAAGCAAGCAAAAUUUUGGAACGUCCAGCAUGAUGUCUGGAGGAAUGAACUCAAGCCAAGCCAACCAAAGUGGAAACCUCUUCAAUAGGGGUGGUAUGUAUAAUGGGCAAAUGUCAACCGUUUGUGGUAACACCAAUUUUAACAACCUCAGCAGCAACAACAAUAGUAGCAGAAUGGACAAUUCCCUUUCCGCCAAUAAGUAUGGAAACUACUUCCAGAAUAAUAGUACCUCCAAAAGCAGCAUCUUUGGUGCAGGUGCGAAUAACCUCUCAAGCAGUAGUAACACCAAUUUUCUUCACGCAAAUUCAAGCAAUAAAAAUAGCAACGUGUUUAAUAACCCCAGUAGUAACAACACACCCAUGGGAAAUAUGUUUGGUAACAACUUAGCUUACGGUAGUAAUGCAAGCAGUUUGUCAUAUAACAAUAGCACCAAUAGAAAUCCCACGAACAACCUGCUGAGUGCACAAAGUAGUAACAACCAGUUCAGAUCACCUGUAGGGAUGAUGACAGGAAAUAACACUCCCACCAGUAACAGUAAUAAUAACAUGUUCCUAUCUAACCAGAAUAAAUCCUCCUUCAUGUUCCCAAAUGAUAAUAAAGGAAUGAGUAACCCUGCGACGUAUAGCAAUAAUUUGUUUCAAAAUGCAGGUAACAGUUUUCUUGCAAAUAACAAACCUGGAAUGACAUCGCCGUCUAGUAUGUCCAACAGCUUGUUCCAAAAAAAUGCCUAUUCUUCGCUAAAUCAGAACAAAGGAUCCAUGUCAACUUUUAACCCUAACAGCAACAACCCCGGGAACUUUGGUUUGGUCAACCAUAACGCCGGGCUCAUGGGUGGGGCCAACAUUGGCAAUACCAGCGGCAACAACAGCAACGUUAAUCGAUUCCAGCAGAACAACUCGUCGAACUUCCCCUCAGUUUUCAACCAAUCUAACAAGGGCAACACCAUCUUUUCGAGGUAA